CGGGUAGCUGGCUAGCUAGCUAGCCAGCUACCUACCUGUAGGAAAGGGGCAGGCAGCUGACGGUGAGAAAUCUUUCAGUCACAGAUAAAGAUGUCUCACAACGACGAGGGAUAUGUGGUACGCAUCCGUGGUUUACCUUGGUCGUGCACACAGGAGGAAGUGGCCUCUUUUUUCUCUGACUGUGAUAUUGUAGGGAAACUGAAUGGGGUGUGUUUCACCUUCUCCAAGGAGGGAAGGCCCAGUGGAGAGGCAUUUGUCGAACUAAAAACAGCAGAGGACUUUAAAAAUGCCCUCGCAAAAGAUCGCAAAUAUAUGGGCCAUCGCUAUAUUGAAGUGUUCAAGUCAAACCGCAGUGAGAUGGACUGGGUGCUGAAACGCUGUGGCCCCACAGACUAUGACAGCUGCAGUGGCUGUACACUGAGGCUAAGAGGAUUACCCUUUGGCUGCAGUAAAGAAGAGAUUGUGCAGUUCUUUGCAGGGUUGAAAAUCGUGCCAAAUGGGAUUACAUUGCCGAUGGACUACCAGGGGAGGAGCACAGGGGAAGCCUUCGUGCAGUUUGCCUCAAAGGAGAUAGCAGAAAAGGCUCUGGGGAAACACAAGGAAAGAAUAGGGCACAGGUACAUAGAGAUAUUUAAAAGCAGCCGAAAUGAAAUCCGUGCAUACUACGAGGUGCCCCGAAGGAUGAUGGGACAGAGGCCUAGCCCAUAUGACAGGCCAAUGAUGGGUCGUGGGGGCUUCUUUGGUCCUGGACCUGGAAGGGGAGGAGUUGUUCUAGACCAGAUGCGCAGUGGAGGUGGUUACAGUGGUGGUUAUGGGGGAUUUGAUAACUACAAUGGCUUUAACAACUACUGUUUCGGUAAUGGAAUGUUUGAUGAGCGCACAAGAGGUGACAGAGGUCGAGGAGCGAUGGGAGGUCAUGGUUACAACGCAGGGGAUGUUGGUUCGGGCUUUCACGGAGGACACUAUGUACACAUGAGAGGCCUUCCCUUUCGUGCCACAGAGGCAGACAUAGCCAAUUUCUUUGCCCCGUUAAAUCCGAUUCGAGUGCACAUUGAUGUAGGACCUAAUGGAAAGUCCACAGGAGAGGCAGAUGUAGAGUUUGGAUCUCACGAAGAUGCAGUGUCCGCCAUGUCAAAAGACAAGAAUCACAUGCAGCAUCGUUAUAUAGAGCUUUUCCUGAACUCAACUGCAAGUGGAGCAUCUGAAAUGGGUCGUGGUGCUGGUUUCUAUGGCAACUCUGGAGGCAUGGGCUCUCGAGGAAGUGGAAUGAGGGGCAUGUUCUGAUCUCAUUUUAAUUGAAAGAAUUUUCAGCUGGAAGUUGGAACAUCCUUUUGUACUGAGAUUGUUUCAGAUAUUCAUAUAAAAUUUAACCAGAAUAUUUUCCAGUCUCAAAGAACGGAAUCAAAAAGUAUAAAGAUUAUAAAUAAGUAUAUAUAGGUUGACCAGCUACUGUACAUUUUGCUUAUUAAAUUUUAUAUUAAAUUCU